GCYUUUUCCCAACCAAUAUGGCGGACAGACUGACUCGUAGCCCUGUGUAGGCGGGACUUCCGGGUUUUUGUUCCUUUGAUGUGUGUUGGGGCCUCUCUCCUCCCAGUGCGCAGACUCCAGCCUCUCUUCAGUCCAGUCGCUGUGACCGGAGGCUUUUCUUCUGGUUUUGGUCGUAAGGCGGGUUAAAAUUGAACUGUAGCAUUUUACGGAACGGUCUGGAGACAAAAACGCUACCGGAAAUGUAGAGACAGCAGCUCAAACAGCGACUGGAAGCAGCAGAAGAGGAGAAACACAGAAACAUGGAUUCUGCGUUUAGCUCUGACGCUCAGAUGGAAACGUCAGAUGUUCAGGAGAGGCUGCUGGUUAAAGAAGAAGCUAAUGAAGAGCCGAGUCCUGGUGGAGACCAGCAGGACGCAGAGCGUCUUCACGUCAAGGAGGAAGAGGAGGAAAUCUGGAGCAGCCCAGAGGAUGAAGAGCUCAGUGUGAAGGAGGAGUCCGAUCCCACCAGGUUUCCACUGACUGUGGUUCUUAUGAAGAGUGAGGAUGAAGAAGAUAAACCUCUGUUCUCACAGCUUCAUCAGCCAGGAGACGGAGAUCUUCCAACCAGCAGCUCAGCUGGCCAGAUGAAAGCAGAUGAAGAGGACGGUGGAGGAGCAGAGUCCAGCAGGAACCCAGASCUGCACGCUGCUGGAGACACUUCCAGCUCUUCAGAGACGGAGGUCAGUGAUGAUGAAGAGGAGGAUGAUGGUGGUGGUGGUGUGAACCAUCCUGAGUUUCAGCCACACCAACGGUCAGACUCCGGCUCUGAAUCUGAGGACAGUGAGGACGACUGGAAGGAAACUAGAGCUGCAGCCAACAAGUCGCUGAGCUGCUCUGACUGCAGCGAACAGUUGGGUAACAAGCGCUCCCUACAGAGACACAGUUCAGGAAAAAACUGUUUGGCUAAAAACGUCGACUCAGCGAACAUCCAAACUGAUUUAAAAGGUUUUACCUGUGAUGACUGUGGUAAAGGUUUCAACCUAAAAAACUCUUUAAACCGACACCUGAGAAUCCACACAGGAGAGAAACCAUUCAGCUGCGACGUCUGUGGACAAAGAUUUAACCAGAAGUCUCACCUAAAAAUUCACAGGAGAAUCCACACCGGAGAGAAACCGUUCAGUUGCAGUGCGUGUGAACUAAGAUUUAACCAAAAGUCGAGCUUAAAUCUGCACAUGAGGAACCACUCAGAGGAGAAACCGUUUCACUGUGAUGAUUGUGAGCAAAGAUUUAACAAAAAGUCAGAUUUAAACAAACACAAGAGAGUCCACAUGGAAGAAAAACCCUUUUGUUGUGACGUUUGUGGGAAAAGAUUCUGUCGAAAGGCAGAUUUAAACAUGCACACACGAGUUCACACUGGAGACAAACCGUUUGCUUGUGAUGUCUGUGGACAGACGUUUAGCCUUAAGGCUAAUUUAAAGAAGCACAUGAGGAUUCACACAGGAGAUAAACCAUUCGGUUGUCUUUUUUGUGAGCAACGAUUCAACAGAAGGUCACAUUUAAACAUACACAUCAGAAUCCACACUGGAGAAAAGCCAUUUGUUUGUGACGUUUGUGGUCAAAGAUUUAGUGAUAAGUCAGCUGUAAACAAACACAUGAGGAUUCAUACAGGAGACAAACCUUUUGGUUGUGAUGUUUGUGGGAAAGGAUUCAACCAAAAGUCGAGUUUAAACAAGCACAUCCGGAUCCACACUGGGGACAAACCGUUUGGUUGUGAUGUUUGUGGACAAAGUUUUAAUCAAAAGUCAACUUUAAACAUCCACCAGAGGAUCCACACAGGAGACAAACCGUUUGGUUGUCACGUUUGUGGACAAAGAUUUAACCACAAAUCAAAUUUAAACAAACACAAGAGGAUCCACACGGGAGAAAAACCCUACGGCUGUCAUAUCUGUGGGAAAAGAUUUUACCAAAAGCCUCAUUUAAACAGACACAUGAGGGUCCACAUAGGAGAGGAUGUAGUUUAAUUACAUAAGUACAAUUUUUAUUCUAGAGAGGAGUCCACAGGAAAUCUUCCUCUUCCUCUCCUUCCUCUCCUGGAAGCCCGGUGAUACCAUGGGCUUUAGUUGUCUGGGUUUCUGGUCCAGGGUCCCAAACUGGGACGUAAUGUCUUUUGGAUUUGCAGAGUCCUGGAUUGUUGCUGCUGCUUGGUAAUUUAUCUGAUGAUUCAGGUCAACACCCACCUCAGCAGCAGACUUUAGAAAGCCAUUAGAAGCCAGGAAGUCUCCCUAAAACAGCAUUUAUAUCCAAUUGUUUCUAAACGUUUCUGGUCUAAAACACAAGUGAAGUGUUUGGAUAGAACUGUACUGAUCACAAGCAUAAAAACCUUUAUUUUUAAGAAUAAACAAUAAAUCUUCUGCUCUCCUCUGUUUCA